UCCAGGGAGCCCUCCUCUUCCUCCUCCUGCUGACGCUCUACCACCACCGUUGCUGAUUGUUGCUAAGGUUGCCUCCAUGGUAACAUGCUCAUCCUGUUUACACCUCUAUCUGGCCACAUCAGUCUAAGCUAGGAACCUACCUGCCCUGGACAGCUACUUCCAUCACCACCCCCUUCCAGGGGGGGACACCAAUCAUCGUGACACAAAGUCCAUCUUCUACUCAGUUCCCCCAUCCUCUUCCUCCCCCCUCCCCUGUCAGGCUUCAGAAGAAAGGAUCUAGAUUUGGGGUUUCUAUUCUGAAGCUUCCUGAACAAGAUAUAGUCCGUCUGUUUUGUAACUGGGCCCCCAGAAAAAAGGAAGAAACAGAAAGAAGUGGGGACAAGAACACAGGUGACACUGGCCAGUUGAAAAGAAAACCUCACAUCUUCUGUGGUUGAGGGACUAGUAACUGCAGGCAAAAUGACGAGCUCCUCGGGACAGAGUGUGCCGGCGAACUCAGUAACUGAGAGCCGUGAUGGGGAAUUUGGUUGUACGUUGAUGGAACUAAGGAAGCUCAUGGAACUACGUUCAGCGGAUGCUCUGAACCAUAUCAAUGUCCGCUACGGAAAUGUCGCCAAUCUCUGCGCUAAACUGAAAACCUCUCCUGUGGAAGGUCUAUCAGGGAACCCUGCAGACCUGGAGAAACGUAGACAUGUGUUUGGAAAGAACUUAAUCCCUCCAAAAAAGCCUAAGACCUUCUUAGAAUUAGUGUGGGAAGCACUUCAAGAUGUCACACUCAUCAUCCUGGAGAUCGCAGCCAUCAUCUCGCUGGUCCUAUCCUUCUAUCGCCCCCCUGGUGGAGAUAAUGAAAUCUGUGGUCAAACCGUAGCUAGCGCAGAAGAUUCAGAGGAAGCAGAAACUGGCUGGAUCGAGGGGGCGGCCAUCCUGGCCUCGGUGAUUAUCGUGGUGUUAGUGACCGCCUUCAACGACUGGAGCAAAGAGAAGCAAUUUCGGGGGCUGCAGAGCCGCAUCGAACAGGAGCAAAAGUUCUCCAUUAUCCGGAAUGGUCAGCUCAUCCAGCUGCCUGUGGCUGAGAUAGUGGUGGGAGAUAUCGCCCAGAUCAAAUACGGUGACCUACUUCCGGCAGAUGGGGUCCUGAUCCAGGGGAAUGAUCUGAAGAUUGAUGAGAGCUCUCUGACAGGAGAAUCAGACCAUGUCAAGAAGACCCUGGAGAAAGACCCCAUGUUGCUCUCAGGGACCCAUGUGAUGGAAGGUUCUGGACGAAUAGUAGUAACUGCUGUCGGGAUCAACUCCCAGACAGGAAUCAUCUUCACCCUCUUAGGGGCCAGUGAUGAUGAUAACCAGGAGGAGGAGAAGAAGAAGAAAGGUAAAAAACAAGGAAUCUCUGAAAAUCGCAACAAAGCAAAGACCCAGGAUGGAGUAGCCUUGGAAAUCCAACCACUCAACAGCCAGGAGGGGACAGACAAUGAGGAGAAGGAGAAGAAGUUAACCAAGUUACCCAAGAAGGAGAAGUCAGUGCUGCAGGGCAAACUCACGCGCCUGGCUGUGCAGAUCGGGAAAGCUGGCCUGCUCAUGUCUGCUGUCACAGUCCUCAUCCUGAUUGUGUACUUUGUGGUCGACAACUUCAUCAUCCAGGGCAGGCCAUGGCUACGUGAGUGCACACCCAUCUACAUUCAGUACUUUGUCAAGUUCUUCAUCAUCGGUGUCACUGUACUGGUGGUCGCUGUGCCAGAGGGGCUGCCCUUGGCCGUCACCAUCUCUUUGGCCUAUUCUGUGAAGAAAAUGAUGAAGGACAAUAACCUGGUGAGACACCUGGAUGCUUGUGAGACCAUGGGUAAUGCCACAGCCAUUUGCUCUGACAAGACGGGCACACUGACUAUGAAUCGCAUGACAGUGGUACAAGCUUAUAUUGGGGAGACACACCACCAUCAGGUCCCAAGCCCUGAUGUCAUCGUGCCCGGGGUCCUGGACCUUAUUGUCAAUAGCAUUUCUAUCAACAGUGCUUAUACCUCCAAGAUUCUGCCUCCUGAGAAGGAGGGAGGCCUCCCACGGCAGGUGGGGAACAAGACGGAGUGUGCCCUGCUGGGCUUUGUCAAGGAUCUGAAGCAGGAUUACCAGGCCAUACGCAAUGAGGUGCCCGAGGAGUCGCUGUACAAGGUUUACACCUUCAACUCCGUGCGCAAGUCCAUGAGCACCGUCAUCAAGAAGCCCGAUGGGGGCUUCCGCAUGUUCAGCAAGGGCGCCUCUGAGAUCAUGCUGCGCAAGUGUAAUCAAAUCCUUAACAAGGAUGGGGAAGUGGUGCCAUUCAGGACCAAGGACCGAGAUAACAUGGUCCACACUGUCAUCGAGCCCAUGGCCAGCGAGGGACUCCGAACCAUCUGCAUAGCUUACCGGGACUUCGAUGAUGCAGAGCCCUUGUGGGAAAAUGAGAAUGAAAUCCUCACGGAGCUGACCUGCAUCACCGUAGUGGGCAUUGAGGAUCCUGUGCGUCCAGAGGUACCCGAAGCUAUUGCCAAAUGCAAACGAGCUGGCAUUACUGUCAGAAUGGUGACAGGUGACAAUGUCAACACUGCUCGGGCCAUUGCCACCAAAUGUGGCAUUCUGACACCUGGAGACGAAUUCUUGUGCUUAGAAGGGAAAGAAUUCAACAGACUCAUCCGCAAUGAGAAGGGAGAGGUGGAGCAAGAAAAGCUGGACAAGAUCUGGCCUAAGCUUCGGGUGCUGGCACGGUCUUCUCCCACAGAUAAGCACACCUUGGUGAAAGGCAUCAUUGACAGCACUGUUGGGGAUCAGCGGCAGGUGGUGGCUGUCACUGGCGAUGGCACGAAUGAUGGGCCCGCUCUAAAGAAAGCAGACGUUGGCUUUGCCAUGGGUAUCGCAGGCACAGAUGUGGCCAAGGAGGCCUCUGAUAUCAUCCUGACUGAUGACAACUUCACCAGCAUUGUGAAGGCUGUGAUGUGGGGACGGAACGUCUACGACAGCAUCUCCAAGUUCCUGCAGUUCCAGCUCACCGUCAACGUGGUGGCCGUCAUUGUGGCCUUCACUGGAGCCUGUAUCACUCAGGACUCGCCACUGAAAGCCGUGCAGAUGUUGUGGGUUAAUCUAAUUAUGGAUACAUUUGCUUCACUGGCCCUGGCCACAGAGCCCCCUACAGAGUCCCUACUGAGGCGCCGCCCCUAUGGCCGAAAUAAACCUCUAAUCUCUCGUACUAUGAUGAAGAACAUCCUGGGGCAUGCCGUCUACCAGCUCACUGUCAUCUUUGUCCUUGUCUUUGCUGGCGAGAAGCUGUUUGACGUGGACAGUGGGAGAAAGGCACCUCUCCACUCGCCCCCCAGCCAGCACUAUACCAUCGUCUUCAACACCUUCGUGCUGAUGCAGCUCUUCAAUGAAAUCAAUUCCCGAAAGAUCCACGGGGAAAAGAAUGUCUUCGCAGGCAUCCACCGAAACGCCAUCUUCUGCUCUGUAGUCUUAGGCACGUUCAUCGCCCAGGUUUUCAUCGUGGAAUUUGGGGGUAAGCCCUUCAGCUGUACGAAGCUCAACCUGAUGCAGUGGUUGUGGUGUCUGUUCAUCGGGAUUGGAGAGCUUCUGUGGGGGCAGGUCAUCUCUGCCAUACCUACCAAGUCUCUGAAGUUCCUGAAGGAGGCCGGCCAUGGUAUUUCCAAUGAUGAGAUCUCCAAGGAAACAGAGGGCCUCGAAGAGAUUGACCUCGCAGAGAUGGAGCUACGCCGUGGCCAGGUCCUCUGGUUCCGGGGCUUGAGCCGUAUCCAGACUCAGAUCAGAGUGGUCAAAGUAUUCCAUAAUUCCGUCCACGAACUCAUUAAGAAACCUAAGAGCCAAGUGUCCAUCCACAACUUCAUGAGCACCCCUGAAUUCUCCAUAGAUGAGGAGGCGCCAAAAACACCAUUCCUGGAGAACCGACAGGAAGAAGAUGCUGAAAAGGGUUCGAAGAGUGGGACCAGGGUGCUCCUGCUGGACGGCGAGGCCUCUCCAAAUGCUAACAAAAACAACAAUGCCAUCGUGGCCUCCCCUUUGGACAGCCCUCUCCAAAGCCUGGAGACAUCUGUCUGAACUUUUCAUCCUCCGACUCCCAUCCCUGCUUGUUCUCUAAGUUCCUUUGCAUCCAUCCCAUCGAUGAUGGUGGUGAUGGGACUUGUCAUGUCAGCUGCUCCCGAGUGUGAGAAAAAUCCCUCGCCUGACCACAAAGAACAAGCGCACACACCCACAAGGAUUUCAACUGCAAUUUGAGCUGGGGUUUGUAGCAGGACCCAGUCAAACCCCAGGCAGGUAAUGGUAGAAUCCACCUCCUUUGGUGAAUUGUCAUUUUUAAAGAAGUAACAGCAAUCCUCCUGGCACCUCCCCAACCUAAAUAUUCAUGGUGUUUCUACCUACAUCACCAGCUCCUGACAUCUGGAAGUGAUCCGAAAAGUCUCUGUUAUUUACAAGCUAAAUUGAGAGUGACAGAUAUCCACAAGUGAAAUGUGUCUGGGCAGAGAUGGAAUGUAUAAAAUCAGCCAGUAGAGUGAUUGUAGUUAAGGUAUUUUGUUUCCAUGUUGAAAACUUACACCUGAAGGUCUCUAGUUAUUUCUACCCUUUCUCUCAGCCUCUCACUCUUUUCCAAGGUUCUGUUGGUCUGGUGUGACCCUUCCCUCCGUUCACUCUGUUCUUUCUUUGUUGCUUUCUUUCUUGUUCUUUUUAAGUUGUGAAAAUUAAGAGAAUGAAUGGGACGUGGAUGGAUGUGAGUCAACGUUCAUCCCCCCUGGCUCUUAUGGUCCCUUGGACUAGUUCUAGAGGUCGACCGGUCUCUCUGUUCAAAGGCAAAGUUCCCAGUAGGGCCGUGGGAGUUCCCUCUUGUUCAACCAGGUUGGCUUCUAAUUCUAAACCGCCAUUACAUGAGCUGCUGGAGAGAUCAGCCUUGACUGCGGGGCUUGCGGUGUGUGGUCAGUAGCUUUUAUUACCGUCGGUCUGAGUUGGAAGGAGAGCUGCCCCCUCCCUGCUCUUGGGGACUUGGGGCCAGACGCUGGCAGGCCGUCCAGGCAGGGCUCCCACGGAGCCCACCAUCUCUUUCAAAGCCAUCUGCCACAGUUCUUCACAGAACCUGAUUCUUGGGGAACAAGUAAUUAACUAAGAAACCUUGGGUAGAGCAAGAGAGCUAUUCUGACAGGAUCUGAGCAGGCCUCCCUGCAGACCCCAGAAACCCUGAGCCCAGGUGCCUGUGUACU